AUGUCGGUCGCAGGCACCAGGAGGCUAUGCAGAGUGGGCCUAGUCGCUGUGCUGGUCACCGCGUUGUGCGUGUUGACUCUGCUCGAUUCACCGCCUCAACUCCCGGAUCCACCGGCGGAUCCUCCUCCCACGCCUGGUGGCGAACCCCCGGGCACAAGAAGCAUCGUGGCUUACUCGUGGGCGCGGAGAUUGGCACUCGAUUACAGACCCUCCAAGGAGUGCGACGGUAAUGGAACGUACGGAACGACGUUAAAUACGUUCAAGUUAGCCGACGCGAAGUGGCUCGAGACAAUCCCCGGACAGCUCUUCCUGUACAGCGCCCACUUGGACCUAAGAGUGGCCGGUUAUCCGAGCCUGAGGGUGAUUGGCGUUAAACGUGGACCUCUGCCGACCUCUGGCCUUUUCUGCACCGUUUGGUACGAGGAGGAGGAUCGAGGCAGAGCAGUCAGCGUGGAGGCGUUGGUGUCGACGAUUUGGUUGGAAGAAUGGGGCGAGACAGUGGACAGCUACGCGGGGAUUCUCGUCGGCUGUCAAUUACCUCCUGACGCGGCGAUCGAGCCAGCCAGGGUUCACGUAGGCCUGGAUCCCUGCCACCAGAAUGCUAGUCAUAGUUUAGCGAUAAACACGGAGGAUAGAAACGAGGAACGACGCAGGCAGUUCACGUUGUGCAUCAAGGGGCUGGACUUCGAGGAGGACAUCUCCUCCAAGAUCGUCGCGUUCGUCGAGCUCCACCGUAUACUAGGCGCCGAGCUCUUCUACUUCUACGUGUUCAACGUGCACAAGAACGUGCUCAGGGUGUUGAGGCUGUACGAACGAUCCAACGUGAUCAGAUGGUUCAAUCUCACUCUACCUGGCGAUCUACCCAACGAGAAGAACGCCAGAAGGCGGUUUCUCAGCGAGGACAUCUGGAUCAAAAGACGAAUGGAGCUGAUACCGUACAAUCACUGUUUCUACGAUAAUCUUCAUCGAUCAGAGUUCGUGCUACCUAUCGACAUCGACGAGGCGAUCGUUCCAGCACGAAGGAAGAACUGGUUCGAACUGUUGCUCGACGAGAGGAUCAAACUGGGUAGAAGUUUCAAGGAUUUCGCCUCGUACGCUGUUAGAAACGCGUACUUCUUCCCGGAGAUGCAAGCCAAGAAUCUCACCGACCGUGUCACCACCGUCGAUCUCAACUCGACCAAUUUCUUAGGUGACCUCGAUUACCUGGACACAGUUAGGACAGCUUGCAUCUCGCCUGAAGGCGACUCGGUGAAGAGUUUCGUCUCAACGAGGCGAGCUUUAACGGUGCACAAUCACUACGCGUUGACCACCUUGAACCCGUCCACUAGGCGAGCUCAUCAUUUCGAUCCAGAGGAUGUUCUCAAGCAUCACCACAGAGCCUGUGACGACAGACACUUGGACUGUGAGCUUCUGAUGGAGGACGUUCAGGUGGACGAGUCCGCGUUGAGGUACGCGGACGAACUUCGAGAGAGGAUGAGAGUGUUUCUCAGCGAGCUGAAGAUGUUCGCGUAG